AUGCGGUUGUUGCAUAAAGCGAUUAGCAAAGACGGGGGGAGGAUAAAACUCAUCCCAGAUGACGCAGAAGACUUGUGGACAGUCUACAACUUGAUCUCUGUGGGAGACUCAGUGCGAACUGAUACAUUUCGCAAAGUUGCCUCCGAGUCUUCGACGGGGUCAGUCUCGACCGAGAAGAUGAGGAUCACGCUGACUAUCAAAGUGGAGUCGAUAGACUUCGACGCUCAGACCCCAGCGCUGCGGCUCAAGGGGAAGAACAUAGUCGAGAACGACUUCGUGAAGAUGGGUCAAUAUCACACGCUCGAGCUCGAGACGCAGCGUGCUUUCUCUCUCGCAAAGUCGGAAUGGGACUCGAUCGCAUCGGAUCUGGUCGAGCAGGCUUGCGAUGUGACUAGGAAAGCUGACCUGGCGGUGGUGGUGAUGCAAGAAGGGCUGGCCUUCGUGUGUCUCAUCACCAGCAGCAUGACUCUCACGCGCCAGAAGGUGGAGGUCUCCAUCCCCCGCAAGCAGGGCGCAGCGUCAAUGGGGAGGGAGAAGGCGUUGAACAAGUUCUACGAUCAGGUCAUGCGCGCCAUCAUGCAGCACGUUGACUUCUCCAUCGUCAAGUGCCUCAUCAUCGCCAGCCCGGGGUUCGUGAACGAGUACCUGAUGCGCCACAUUGAUGUCAUGUCGCACAAACAAGAUCUGCGCUGCCUCCUUGAUCAUAAGUCCAAGUUUCUCCUCUGUCACUGCAGCAGUGGACACAAGCAUGCUAUCAAGGAGAUCUUGUCGGAUCCUGCGAUAGCUUCUCGUUUGCAUGACACCAAAGCGGCGGCAGAAUCAAGAGCUCUCAACGACUUCUUCAAGAUGCUGAAUAACGAUGCCGAUCGCACGGCCUACGGAGAGGCGCACGUGAUGCAUGCGGCUCAGAUCGGUGCGAUCAACACGCUCCUGAUAUCGGACAACCUGUUCCGCUCUCAAGACCCUGGAGCACGAAAGAAGUACGUGGACCUGGUAGAGACUGUCAAGGACAGUGGAGGUCUAGCUCUGAUCUUCUCGACGAUGCAUGUGUCCGGGGAGAGACUCCAGAUGCUGUCGGGCCUGGCUGCGAUUCUGAGGUGA